AUUAAGACAAGAAAGAAUGAGUUAAGAAAGUUCAAGGAAAGUUAAUCGAGUUAGUAAGAAUAUCGUUAUAUAUAUGGUUGCCUUAAGUAUCCCGAGGUGACAUCGUAACCUAAAGGAUUUGAAAUCGCAUUAUGAGCGUAUAUGAGGUAAUGUGAGUGCCCUUUUAAAGUAUUUGAGAUUAUUAGUAAUGAUAUAGAAGAUGGAUAAAAGAUAUGAAUAUAUUUUUGCGAUUGGAGUUUCGUCGAAGCUUCGUAAGUUCUCCAGUUACGUUUAAGGUUAUGGUGAUUCUCCGGACCCUUCGUGACGUGUAUGGAUUGUUAUGUAUGUAUAUGGGUAUGUAUAUGUAUGUAUAAGAGGUUACAUGAGAGUUGGAAGAGGAUUAGAAGAUAAACGAAUCUAAACAAAAUGAAUCGGAACAACUUCAGUAAAAUCUCGGACCAGAUUUUUAUCCCAUAUUGUUGGGGGCAUAUCUCCUAGUAUAUGAGGAGUUUUAAGGUUUUUCAAAAGCCUAAAAUGAAGUUCAUCGAGUCUAGUUUCCAACGCAAUAAACCGCUCGUCAAAAUGAUAUUUGGAUAAGGAAAUAUGGACGAUGCAAGUUGGGCUGGCAGGGCAGCAAGUUUGGACCCGACCCAAACACUAAUGUUUCGGCCCAUGAGGCCCACUAACGUUAAUAUAUAUGGCAAAUUCACUUGAGGGCUGAUCAUUUUCAGCUAAUAUCCUCCAAAAACAUUAGAGAGAGAGAGAGAGAGAGAUCCUAGGCUAAGGAAGCCAUUUUGAUCAAAAAUCCGAGCUCCGAAUCCCGAAGCUCAUGAAGAGAAAAACGUUGUACGUUGCGUUGCCUUCAAUUUGAGAUAAAUAUUGGUCUUGGGGGAUGAAAUUUUCGUGGUGGAGCUUCUGAUAAGGUAUUUAUAAAAUUCCUUUUAUGUUAUUAAAGUGUUUAUUUAGAGUUUUAACGAAUUAAAACGGAGAAAACAACAUUAUAAACUCGUUUGUUGUUUUGUUGAAAUUUAUGGGUGAGGGGCUGUUUUAAUUGAAAUUGAUGGACUGAUUUGAAUUAAUAUUUUGGUUGUUGUAAUCAUGGAUAUGUGAGGAGAGUGAAGGAAUUUAAUGGUUAGAGUUGGAGUUAAAUUGUUGUGGGUUGUUGUAAGGAUUAUAGAGAUAAUAAUGUGGUUUUAUUGCACAUGAGUAGAUGAUGUGGUGUCGAGUGGCUGCUGUUGUAUUUCCCUGAAAUUUUCUGAAAAUAUUGCAUGAAAUAAGGUAUAAGAAGUGCAUAUGGGUUGCUUGGUGUAUUGCAAGUGUUCGUUAGAAUUUCGGGCAUCGUUAUGUUACAGUUGGGGGCUGUUUUGAUAUGUUGUUGUUCUUGUUGAAAUAAAAGAAUUGAAGAUAUGGUUGUGUCCAUAUGUUAUUGUUGGUAUUUCUGUGUCAACAGGAGAGCAAUUGGAAAUUCGGAUAGACGAGUUUAUAGGGGAAAUGCUGCCCAAAUAUUUGUAGACAAGUGAUGAGUUAAAGAUUGAAUACCAAAAGCCUUAUAGUUAACAAUUGGUAAAAAUGACCAUUUGUAGGUUUUGGGCGAAACGGAGAUUGAGUUUGGACAAGCGUGAGUAGCGCGAAAGGUAUGUAAAGCUUAUCCUUUCCUUCUUUGGCAUGCCCUAGGUCUACUAGGUUGAGAUUUCGGCCUCGGGGACCAUCCUGCUCAUCGUAACCCGAGAUUAGUUUUCGUUACUAUUCAUUCAAUAGAAUUGAAUUAUAAAAGGUGCAUUUUACUAGAAAAGUGGUUGGACUUCCAAAACGUUUACAAAUGUAACCCGAUAGUUCUAAAACUUUCUUGGAUGACUCCGUAGAGUCUAAUGGGCGUGAUUCUCGUCCGCCGCCUCGACUUGGCCCGAGGUGGGCCCGCUAUCCCCGAUGCCUCUCUUAUUGUUCUGUUUGUCUUAUUCCCGUACGGUAAGUCAAGGGAACUCAUGGUUAUUGUUCCGACUACUAAACGGGAGAUAUUUUAUCUAUCCCGAGACGGAUUUUAAUGAUUAUUGACCCAAUUGUGGGGACCGAAACCCUGACAUGUGAUGUACGACUUUAGCCAAUGUACUCUUGUCCGGAGUUCGCAGGUAACUCCUGGUUAUUAUGCUGUUCACUAUAUGAUAGGUGUUAUGACCACCUUCAUGAGCAUUAUAAAAUGUUUUUGACAUCUAAAGCGUUUUUAAAAAUCUUACCCUGAGAUUCUGGACAAACUACUUAUUUUCUUUAUUUUCCGAUAUACGAUUUUGGUAUACCUGAGUCCUGUGUGAUGCAUGAUCCUGGCAUGUGUGAUUAUGUUUGGAAAGUGAUAAUUUGGCAUUUUGUCUGGUUAUCUUCUGUGUUACCGAGUCCUGGGCCGGUUAUGUGAAUAUGCGCAUAUGUGAUAUUGGCCGCUGGACCCUCGACCGCGGCGUGCCCGACAUUGACUGCUGGACCCUUGACCGCGUCAUGCCGGACGUGUGGCAUUGACUGCUGGACCCUUGACCGCGUCUGCCGCACUUGUGAUUGUGCCGACAUAGACCGCUGGACCCUUGACCGCGGUAUGUCGAACUUGUGAUAGAAAACCGCUGGAUACUUGACUGCGGUAUGUGUGAUUGUGACCGCUGGACUUAUGGCCGCGGAAAUUGUGCGUUGAUUCUUCUAUGUGUGUGAAACAAAGAUGUUUUCCAAAAGAAAGCAAACAUUUUGUCAUCCCGAUUGCCGUGUUGAUUUCUCCUGAACUUCUUUUGCCUGUUGUACGCCGGAUACGACUCCUUAGUAUGCUGGCUAUUGUGCUCGCUUUCUAUAUAUCGUAUUUCAGUUGUGACUUUGCUUUCUGUGUUGUAUGCUUUACAUACUCAGUACAUAUUUCGUACUGACCCCCUCUUUUCGGGGGGCUGCGUUUCAUGCCGCGCAGGUACUCCCAGGUGAGUUGAAGACAGUAUAGAAGAUGUUUCAGUGCAGAUGGCAAGCUCCAUUUGUUCCCGGAGUGCUGCCGAGUCAGAGUUGAAGAAGCAUGGAACAUACAAAAUUGCAAGGGCUAUGCCUAGUCAUUUAUUCUUUAAUUAUGCUAAAUGGCAAAACUGUACUUGGAGGGAGCCAAAAACCAAACGAAGCUUACAUGGUUGAUUUAACUAUUCUUGAAAGUGCAGUGUCAAAAGGAGCUGUUUGCUUGGAUGGGAGUCCACCAGCGUACUAUUAUGAUAAGGGACAUGGAGAAGGAGCUAAUAAUUGGAUUAUCUACUUUAGGGGAGGAGAAUGGUGCUAUAGCGUGACAGAUUGCCUUGAUCGUACAAAGACAGAAAGAGGUUCUUCAAAACUUGCUCCAAAGCAAAGAUCACUUUAUGGAAUGCUUAGCAACAAUAAAACAGUGAAUCCAGAUUUCUACAAUUGGAAUAGAGUCAUGGUUAUUUAUUGUGAUGGAUCAUCAUUCACCGGAGACGUUGAAGAAGUUGACCCGGCUACUAACCUUCAUUUUAGAGGCGCGAGGAUUUUCCUUGCCUUGAUCGAUCAUUUCUUGGCGAAAGGAAUGAAGGAUGCUAAAAAUGUCAUUCUCACAGGUGGUUCAGCUGGAGGAUUGCCUGCUUUAAUCCAUUGUGAUCGUUUUCGAUCUCUUGUUCCUAACUCUGCUAGAGUCAAAUGUCUUGCUGAUGGUAGCUAUUUUCUUCAUGACAGGAAAAACAAGGACAUGACAUUCAUGGAGACCGUUAAUGAAGGACUGAUUAACUUACAUCAAUCAGCCAAGAUGUUGCCAUCAUCCUGCACUUCAAAGAUGAAACCAUCCUUGUGCCUUUUUCCACAAUAUUUUCAAGAAGGAAUCAAGACACCAUUUUUCAUAGUCAACUCAAUGUUUGACACAUUUCAGAUAAACAAGACUUUUCCGGGUUAUUACGACGACCUUUUUAAGAAUACAUGCUCAGCUUCUCUUGUUAAAAAUUUACAAGAUUUCAAACAGGAAUUUUUAAGUGCUUUGCCCAAACAAAGUCAUUCUUCAUCAAGAGGAAUGUUUAUUGACUCUUGCUUGAUUCAUGCCCAUAUAACAAGUGGCGUUGGUUGGAAUGGGUUCUCAGUAAAUAAUAAGACAAUUGCACAGGCAUUUAGCGACUGGUACUUCGACCGGAGUCCUGUCCAAUUGAUAGACAAGCCAGAUUUGCCACAGAAUUGUUACAAAUUCCCCGCAAUUACAAACUUUUGCACCUAAAAUAUCCAGAAAGCUACUUAACAAAAAGCAGAAAAAGAGUACAUUCGCUAUUGACUACUACAACAACAACAACAUACCCAGUGUAUUCACAGAAGUGAUCUGGAGAGGAUAGGAUAUAUACGCAGACCUUACUCCUACCAAUGAGUGGAAGACUAUAUUUUUAAUAGUUGGGACCUAUUUAAGGGUAUUACUCCAGAACGGAUUAUUGAUAAAUGCAGAAAGGGUGAAAGAUACUUACCAUGUGAAAUUGACGAAAUGAUUUCAUAGUCCAUUAAAAAUGUUAUUUAUAUAUAAAAUGUAUGAUACUUUUUACUAUAGAUGGGUGAAAAUAAUGUAGAAGAUUUAUAAGAAAAGAAUGAAAGAUCUUUGCAAUUAUUUUUCUUCUAUUCAAAUUAUA